AGCGAAAAGGAUCAUGGUCAUGGCGCCUCAUGCCUCUUUUUUUAUCUAAUCUCUACAACACCACCUUACAAACAUCACCAACCUUCUCCCUCUUUCUUCCCAGAGGGAGCAUGUGUAGGCUACAGAGUCUCAUUCUUGGGACUUGCGGCCGCACUUGACCAGCUAGUAGAUGCUCCAAUGGUCCAAUUCUCUCUUUUCCGCCUACCCACCAAGCUGCGGCGCAGGGUCAGGCGUAAUCGCAUGGCUACCCUUAUAGCCCUCGUCGUCCUCGUAGGCCUCCUGGUCUUUCCCUUCUACUCGGCCUAUUGCGUCUACAAACCUCCGAGGUAUCUCAUCAAUUGGCUGCGGAGGAAGUACCCAGAUGUCUUGUUCGAAGAACCCACCGACCAAAAGAUCAUCGCCCUAUCUAUCGACGAUGCACCAUCCGCCCACACCGAUGAGAUCAUGCAGGUCCUGGAGGAGAAUGGGGCCCAUGCUACCUUUUUUGUUAUAGGAUCUCAGGUUGAGGGUCGCAAGGAUAAGCUCGUCAAAUUGGUUGCAAAGGGGCAUGAGCUGGGAAACCAUGCCAUGCAUGAUGAGCCCUCCAAGUCACUCAGUAACGAAAAGCUGCUGGAGGAAGUUCACCUCGUCAAAGACAUGCUGACGGAGGCAUACGCGGCCAACGGUCAUAUCCUUCCCAACAAUUACUUCCGCCCUGGAUCUGGAAUAUUCAACAGACGGAUGCGAGAUGUGUUGGGAAACCAGGGUUUCCGCAUCACUCUGGGCAGCGUGUAUCCUCACGACCCCCAAAUACCAUAUCCUGAUACCAACGCGAAACAUAUUCUGAGCAUGGCUCACCCUGGAGCUAUCAUUAUCUGCCACGACAGGAGACCAUGGACUGUGCCCAUGUUGCGCACUGUUCUUCCUGAACUCAAACGGCAGGGGUAUCGGAUUGUUACUAUCACAGACCUUGUGAAGGUGGUGUCGUCACAAAAUCAAGAGCAAUAAUACCUUUAGACUCUUGCGAGCGUUUCUUGUACCUAUGCAUUGAUGCGGAAUUUA